AUGCAUUAUCAAAAUUCCCCAUGUCUUCACCUCGUCCUCUUCAAUUUCAUCCUCCACACAUCCGCAUCUCCUCUCUACUACUCCCCAUCCUCAAGAGAUGAUAACCAAAUCCGAUCUACACUUACUACAACAUGCUUGAAUGAGUAUUUUGGAGGUUGUUGCGCUGUUGAUGAAUUUGGCGGUUAUGGUUCUUGCACAAACGCAACCUUACUCGUAUCCAACGUGUCAUGGACCGGUAUGCCAACCACCCAAACCGCAAAUGAAUGGGGAUGUACAGAUCCAGUCAAUGGAACUCUGAUCGGUGCGGGGUGUUGUUCAUGGAGCUCGACUUAUAUCGACACAACCUAUCCCAACGGAGUGGUUCUUCCUACGCUUCAAAAAUCAAUGGCAUGUACAGCGAGUAACGCAGGACUCUCAAAAUUAAAAUCCAAGAGAAUGGAAGACAGGGGCGGGGUAAUGAAGCAAGGUUGGGGUGAUGUGUGGUCAUUUUGGUGA